CACCUCCACCACACCCAAAAAAUGCCAGUAAACAAGCCCUAAAAAUUUUACAGUCUUCCAUGAUUUUCCUUCAUUUUUAAGUUAUGUAUUGGACUUUCUCGUUUACCCAAAGUCCAGUGAGUACAAUCCAGACAAAGCCACAUUCAUAAGAAGCUCCUCCAUGCCCUAAUGUCUUAAAAAGGGUAUAGGGUUUAUGUUCUGAAUAUGAAUAUGGUUGAACCUAAUAGCUGUUGGGAUGGGAUUGUUAAUGAGACCAUGCCCGAUGAAGAGUUUGAGAGCAUAUUCAGUCUUUUGGAUUUUCCCAUGGAGAGUUUGGAAGGAGAUGAACUGAUUGGAGACUGGGACGUGAGUAAGUCACAAUGCCUAGGGCCUAUUCCGACAGACACAUUAAUGAAGUUGCCACCGAAUCCACGGGGCAAAAUUGGCACUGUGUUACCACAAUCCCUGCCUAAAUCGGUUGCUCCGAUUGAUGAAAUUCAUGAGCAAAAGCAGCUUCUAGAAGAAACCCCCAGCUCAGUUAUUCUUCGCCAGCAUAAAUUUACCGAGGGCCAAGAGUAUGGUGUUUUCCAGACGCAAAGCCCUGUUUCUGUGCUGGAAAGCUGCAGAUACUGCUCUGUUGGAAAGUGUGCGCCGAUCAAAUCUAAGCGAGUUAAAUUUCUCCCAUGGCUUUCAGCUGGCAUUGUCAUUCCCGUUCAAGGCAGAUCAAAGCGAGUUAGAUCCUCGACUGUAAACCCAUGGCUUUUGAUUUCUCCUAUAUCUUCUGCCUCUUCUACCUCUAAGAAGACUUCAAAUUUUAGGAAGAACAAAGAUAAGAGGAAGAAAUUGUCCCAGCUUUCAGUUUCCAACGAAACCAUGGACUAUCCUUCUCAGAAGGUUAAAGCUUCAUCAAUGGUAUCAAAUUCUGUAGAGCCACAAAAUACUUCCUUACAGAGAGUUACAGCAUCAAAGAAAUGCACACAUUGUGAAGUGACAAAGACACCACAAUGGAGAGAGGGACCAUUAGGGCCAAAGACUCUCUGCAAUGCAUGUGGCGUUCGAUACAGGUCUGGACGCCUAUUUCCAGAAUAUCGUCCAGCAGCCAGUCCUACAUUUGUUCCAUCUCAGCACUCCAACUCCCACAAGAAGGUUACAGAGAUGAGAAACAAAGGUAAACAGCAUGCAGAUAAGGUCGAGGAGCCCCUAAUUUCUCCACUUUCUGGUUUUGCUCCCAUGGGAAGCUAUUUGUUCGAUUUUAUAUGCUGAAAUAAACGGCGUUGAAGUUCUAGUUUUCGGGCCGAUUCAGUUCUAAAUUUUUUUCAGAAUGCUUGUUUGUUGUUCUUCUUUCCUAUAUGCAUGGAGGCAUGUUUGCUGGAUGGUGACUUUGUAGUAGAGUUGUGUACAAAGAUGAAAUGGAAUCUUAAUUAGUAUGGACUAUGGACGGAAGAGUUUGGAUG